CAUGCUGCAUCAGUCAUUUUUCCCUACUGAUUCUUCUGCUGCGAUCAUGGCUAUCCAUUAUUUCGAAGACCAAUCUUGGCUCAACUUGCUACUGCUCACCUUACCCAUCGUUGUACCUCUUUCGAUCUCAUUCUACUUCGUUAUGACGGAGCAGCCGAGACCAAGAAGGCACGUUCACACCCUUCCAUCCCAUAAUGAUGCCAGCAACUCGUGCGAACGUCUGAAGCGUGUUAUUGGUCCUGUGCUUGCCCACCUCGAUACGUUAGAUCCACCUGUACGAAGACGCCAAAUCGCCCGCCCAACCUCUCCGCUACCAUUCGUAGAUGCGGUGUACAUGCCUGAUCCACGCCGCAAUUCAAGAGCUGAAACACGUUGGGGCAGCGAACACGAUCUUGUUCAUCGCGAAUACAUUCGUCAAUUGAGGAACAGAAGGUCGCAAUACCAAGACUUCGGGCCUAGCGAGGUAGUACCGAUACAAGAACCAAUUGUCCCCGAAAUCGUCGCGUCACACCAAGACCCUUGGAUUCCAGAUAAUUUCGGACUACCUGACGCUGCGGACGAAGAAUUUCCAUCUCCAGAUGAACAUACCUUUGUACUAGUAGAUCGCAGUCGCAACUCUUCAUGGGAAGUUGUGUCUGAUACCGAAGAGCGCCAGCGGCAGCAUGUUAAAUCUAAUCUACGUGGCGGUAGUGGAGACGAGCCAGUAGCGCUGAAGCCCAUCUUCGCUCGCAUGACUGAGGAAGAGCUUCGCGAACAUAUUCGCAGGAAUCGUGCUGAGACGUUGGCGAUGCUGCAGUAUCAUAGUGAUGCUGCGGUGCGGGCGCGCAAGAGGGACGGCUCGCCGGUAGACGGGCCGUGAUGAUGAUCAGGGUUGAGAGGUUGUUGGUGGGGUGGCCGACUGUCUCGUCGCGUACUGAAUGAGCGCAGGAAGCGAAAGUGGUUGAUUGUCACCUAGCGUUUCUAGGCAGCUUGUUUUUGAGAUGAGGCAUUGCAGUCAAUGGUUUUGAGGUUCCACUUGAUCAAUCGGAAGCACUACGGUGAUAUUCUCUCGGGGACUGCAGGUCUGUGGCACAGUACAUAGUAUGUGCUGC